AUGGGAGCUGCACGUGUCAAGCGGCGUUUCAGCGCAGUAGUGGACACUCCUCUUAAUGAGGAGGAAGUCAUGAAACUGGCUCAGAGUGAUGAUGUCAAUGAGGCCUGUACAGGAGAACUCUCUUCUCCAACUUGCAAUGGCAAGCUGCUUAGCCAAAACCACGAAGUACCAGGGAGGCUCUCUGAGAGAAACAUUGAAGAUGAUGAUGAUCAUGAUGACAGUGAUGAAGGAAGGUGGAGAGGAAGAGAAGGAGGCUGUGGCUUCAUGCUUGACGGUGUGACUAGGAGAGAAGGGGGUUGGGAGCGAGUUGAAAGGACUUUCUCUGUCUCCCCUUCCCUGUUGACCCCUCUUACUGCCCAACUACACACCCAGCCUCGCAGACGAUUUGUUCGCAAAGAUGGCCGCUCCAACAUCACUUUCGUCAACAUGAACAACAGGGGCCAGCGGUACCUUACAGACCUCUUCACCACCUGCGUAGAUAUCCGCUGGCGCUGGAUGCUAGUGGUCUUCACCCUCUCGUUCUUGCUCUCCUGGCUUCUUUUUGGAUUGGUCUUCUGGCUCAUUGCAGCUGCCCAUGGGGACUUAAAUCCCCCACCACCGUCCUCCUCAGAUACCUCAUCCUCUUCUUUGUCUUUACCAGAGCAACAGGGGGAGUAUUCUGCAGUGCUGCUGGAGCCUGAGGAGCCACAGGAUCCUGACCAAUGUUUUCAGGAGGUGAACAACUUCAUGGCAGCCUUCCUGUUUUCUCUGGAAACACAGACUUCUAUAGGGUAUGGUUUCCGAAAUGUGACUGAGGCCUGCCCCCUGGCGGUGCUUGCUGUCGUUUUGCAGUGCAUUGUGGGCUGCAUCAUCGACGCUUUCAUCAUCGGGGUGGUCAUGGCCAAGAUUGCCAAGCCCAAGAAGCGCAAUGAGACACUUGUGUUCUCAGAUGUGGCCGUAGUAGCUGUGAGGGAUGGGAAGCUCUGCAUGAUGUGGCGAGUGGGAAACCUGCGCAAAAGCCACCUGGUGGAGGCCCACGUCCGAGCACAGCUGCUGAAGCCAAGGGUGACCCCAGAGGGAGAGUUUCUACCUUUGGACCACAAGGACAUUAAUGUGGGCUUUGACAAAGGAACUGACCGGAUUUUUCUGGUGUCUCCGGUGACCAUUGUGCAUGAGAUCGACGAGGAGAGCCCUUUCUUCGAGAUGGACCGGAGAAUGCUGGAGUCAGAUGAAAAGCUGGAGGUGGUGGUCAUUCUAGAGGGCAUGGUCGAAGCCACUUCCAUGACCACACAGUGCCGCUCUUCUUACAUUGCGUCUGAGAUUCUCUGGGGUCACCACUUUGAGCCUGUGCUAUUCGCAAAGAAAUCUGGCUACCAGGUGGACUACUCAUACUUUAACAGGACAUAUGAGGUCCCUAACAUGCCAUCCUGCAGCGCUAAAGACCUAGCUGAGAAGAAGUACAUCAUGGGCUCCCAUUCCUCUUUCUGCUACGAGAAUGAAGUGGCUCUGCAGCUCUCCUCCUCUGCCCUUCCCUCCCCCAACAGCAUCUCACCAUCUCCCUCUUCCCCUCCUUCACCCUUUCUUCUCACUCCUAGAGGAGGCGCCUGCACUGAGCACCCAGAUACACACACUCACACUCAGCACAGGGGUCAAAGUGUAGAAUUAGGGUCACAGAGAGUGUGAAUAGAGAACACAGUGAUAUUUCGAGGCAGUAGGGUUUCAUGAGGACAGGGAGAAAGUUGAGACAAUGGACAAAAAGUCUGACAGGAGAGAGAAAGGAGAAGGGAACUGAUUAAUGAUAGAGGAUCAAAAUCAGGAGAAAGGGGAUAAGCAGAGGGUGAAGAAAAGGUGGAGGCUGUGACAGCAAGCAAUAAAAAAGAAAUAUCAAACGCUUGAACAUAAAUAUGAACUCACUGCUGAAGCCUAAUAGAAAAAAAACCUGCCGUCCACAUUAUGAGAGUUAGACAGAGUAGAGAGUGUUCGAGUGAGGGAUGAAUUAAACAAACACAUUUCUCACUUACAGAUAAUAAGUAUAAUUGAGUCCAGAGGUGUCCAGAAAAUGUGUGUUUGCAUAAAUGAGGGAGAUUCAGUUGAUUAAUGGCAAUUAGUUCAAAACAGAAAACUAAGGACAGAGAGAAAUUGACAGAAUUAAAGCAGUUUGGGGGAAAGAGAGGCAUACGGAGAGGGAUUCAGAGGGCUAUUUUAGGAUGAGGAGGGUUGCAACACUGGCCCACUUGGCUGAUUGGACAUGGCAAUCUUUCAAAGUCAGUGUCACUGAUCGCUGAGUUCCAGUACUGAUACAGAUACACAACAGUGAUCCCUUAUGGCUGUAACAAGUAACUGCACCUAAGAAUGAAAGCCUGCUGUUUAGAUUACAGGUCAAGUCAAGUUCAAAACUGUGUUUCCAGGAUAAUAGUGUGACACCGAAUGCACAAGUGUGUGGAAAAAAAGACAAUCAUAUAAAAACGCAUAAAAACACAUCAGCACAAUACAGUAAGUGCAAUACAGGACAGUGUUGGACACACGGAACAUGGACAUUAACAGAACGAACUGUGCAAAGGAGACGAGAUCGGAAACUCCCAUAGGUGUGUGCAAGAGCAUAUGGAGUUUGUUGUUUUUUUUUUAAUGCACAACCUCUCAUGGACCUGGUGUGUAACUUAUUUACUUCAUUUACUGAGUCAGUCACUUUUAGGAAGCUGAAGUUCUACAUGAAGAUUUAUUAACGCCAAAGGCAAAACAGACUCACAGAUGACA